GCGGCGCGGCGGCGCGGCGCCUGGCCGCGCGCGACGCCGCGGAGGACGAGGGCGGCGACGGUGAGGAGGAUGAAGAAGACGAUGUGGCGGAGGCGAUGGGGACGCCGAGGCCCUGCAUGCCGGUCCAUGUGGCCGAUGCCGUGGUCACUGGGAGACGGAGACGGCAGGAGACGAUUCGACAAGGCGACCGUGCGGCGAGACGGAGAGGGGCGACGGACGGAUGUCUUCACCUCAAAGGUGCCACUGGGCGCCCAGCGGCCUGGAUCAACGUGGGAGGGUCGGAGGUGUGUGAUCGCCGCCGAGGACACCGUGGAAGCGCCAAGCCGUAUAGGUCGAUUUGAUGCUUCUGCACUGGCCUGGAGCCACUGCCAGCGGCACGCUGCAGCAUGGGCAGCCGCUGCCCAGCUGUUGUCGGCGCUUCGAACGAGAGGAGGGCGUGGUGGUCUCCUGGAGAUCUUGCCGGAUGGCUCUUCGCGGGAGAGUUGCCUUCUUCCGCUCGGACAUGACGUCUUCCCACGUGGAGGCGGAGCUGCGCUUGUGACACCGGUGCGAUGAUGCAGCUGGAGCUGGUGCAGAUCGCCCAACACCACGCGGCGUCACCGGCGCAGGUGCUCUAUCGGUGCCUUGGGC